AUGGUGGGAAGCAUUGAGGCCAAGAGUCUGCAAUCAAACGGGUCUGUUCAACACAACGGCCUUAAUCUGGAGGAGAAGCUUGAUGAGUUUCGUCGUCUUCUUGGGAAAUCAGACAAAGAUCCGUUGAGAAUAGUUAGUGUCGGAGCUGGUGCUUGGGGAAGUGUUUUCGCAGCACUUCUCCAAGAAAGCUACGGAGGUUUCAGGGAUAAGUUUCAGAUCAGGAUAUGGAGAAGACCUGGGAGAGCUGUAGACAGAGAGACAGCAGAGCAUCUGUUCGAAGUGAUCAAUUCGAGGGAAGAUAUCUUGAGGAGACUGAUAAGACGCUGCGCUUAUCUGAAAUACGUGGAGGCAAGGCUCGGUGACAGGACGCUCUAUGCGGAUGAGAUAUUGAAAGACGGGUUUUGUCUUAACAUGGUUGACACGCCGCUUUGUCCUCUCAAGGUUGUGACGAAUCUGCAAGAAGCUGUGUGGGAUGCUGAUAUUGUUGUGAAUGGAUUGCCUUCGACGGAGACACGUGAAGUGUUUGAAGAGAUUAGUAAGUAUUGGAAAGAGAGGAUCACGGAUCCGAUUAUUAUAUCUCUGUCGAAGGGUAUUGAAACUGCUCUUGAACCUGUUCCACAUAUCAUUACUCCAACUAAGAUGAUCCAUCAAGCAACUGGUGUGCCGAUUGAGAAUGUAUUGUAUCUUGGUGGACCGAACAUUGCGGCUGAGAUAUACAACAAGGAGUAUGCUAAUGCAAGAAUCUGUGGAGCUGAGAAGUGGAGGAAGCCACUAGCAAAGUUCUUGAGACAGCCUCAUUUCAUUGUUUGGGACAAUAGUGAUCUUGUGACGCAUGAAGUAAUGGGAGGUCUCAAGAAUGUCUACGCCAUUGGAGCUGGAAUGGUUGCAGCGCUAACUAACGAGAGUGCUACAAGCAAAUCGGUGUAUUUUGCUCAUUGUACAUCAGAGAUGAUAUUUAUAACACAUUUACUAGCAGAGGAACCUGAGAAACUAGCAGGGCCUUUGCUAGCUGACACUUAUGUGACCUUGUUGAAAGGGCGUAACGCGUGGUAUGGUCAGAUGCUUGCCAAAGGGGAGAUAAACAGAGACAUGGGUGAUAGUAUAAGCGGGAAGGGAAUGAUUCAGGGUGUUUCUGCAGUGGGAGCAUUUUACCAAUUGCUUAGUCAGUCUAGCUUAAGCAUAUUGCACUCUGAAGAGAAGAAACCUGUAGCCCCUGUCGAAUCUUGUCCUAUUUUGAAGACACUCUACAAGAUACUUAUCACAAGAGAACAAUCAACACAAGCCAUUCUGCAAGCUUUGAGGGACGAAACACUGAACGAUCCGAGAGACCGUAUUGAGAUUGCACAGAGCCAUGCAUUCUACAGGCCUUCCCUUCUAGACCAGCCUUGA